AUUCAGACAUCUGUUCCGAGCCGAGAGGAGAGCAGCGCAUCGUCUCGGCGGCUUCACUGCCUGUAUGAGUCUGGACGAAGCUGUACAGCAGCCGCACCUACCGCGUAAAAAUACACAGAUUUAUACCCUACACGUAUUCGCAGUUGUAGUUCGGUAGUUUUACGUUCGAUCGGGACCUCCAGCUCGUCGCCAUGACCGCCCUGUCGCUGCUUUUGUUGGCCGUGUCGGCGGCAUCUGCGCUGUCCGAGUCCACUGUGUAUUUCCGAGAGCAAUUUGAAGAUGGGGACGCCUGGAAGAGUCGCUGGGUGGAAUCCAAGCACAAGUCCGACUACGGCAAGUUCGUCCUGACAGCAGGGAAGUUUUACGGAGAUGCAGAGAAAGAUAAAGGCCUGCAGACCAGCCAGGACGCCCGCUUCUACGCCGUGUCGGCCCGUUUUGAUGACUUCAGCAACCAGGGCCAGCCGUUGGUCAUCCAGUUCACUGUGAAGCACGAGCAGAGCAUCGACUGUGGAGGAGGCUACAUUAAACUGUUCCCCUCUGAAGUCAACCAGGAGGACAUUCACGGAGACUCCGUCUACAACAUCAUGUUCGGUCCUGAUAUUUGCGGCCCGGGCACAAAGAAAGUUCAUGUGAUCUUCAACUACAAAGAAAAGAACCAUCUGAUCAACAAGGACGUCCGGUGCAAGGACGAUGAAUACACCCACCUGUACACGCUGAUCGUCAACCCCGACAACACCUACGAGGUGAAGAUCGACAACAAGAAGGUCGAGUCCGGCAACCUGGAGGACGACUGGGACUUUCUGCCUCCCAAGAAAAUUAAGGACCCCGAGGCCAAGAAGCCAGAAGACUGGGAUGACCGGGAGAAGAUCCCCGACCCCGACGACAAGAAACCAGAGGACUGGGACAAACCUGAGAACAUCCCCGAUCCUGAUGCCAAGAAGCCCGACGACUGGGACGACGAGAUGGACGGAGAGUGGGAGCCUCCGAUGGUCACCAACCCUGAUUACAAGGGCGAGUGGAAACCCAGAGAAAUCAGCAAUCCGGCCUACAAGGGAAAGUGGAUCCACCCUGAGAUUGACAACCCCGAGUACACAGCCGAUUCUGAGAUCUAUAAGUACGACAGCAUCGGCGUGAUCGGCCUCGACUUGUGGCAGGUCAAGUCUGGCACCAUCUUUGACAACUUCCUCAUCACCAACGACCCGAAUGUGGCGGAAGAAGUCGGCAACGACACCUGGGGCAAAACCAAGGAUGCCGAGAAGAAGAUGAAGGAAAGCCAGGAGGAGGAGGAGCGGAAGAAGCGCGAGGAGGAGGACAAGAAGAGGAGGGACGAGGCGAAGGAUGAGGAUGAAGAGGAAGAGAAGGAUGAGGAGGAAGAAGAGGAGGAGGAGGAGGAAGAAGGAGAGGAGCACGAGGAGGAGGAGGAAGAAGAGGAAGAAGAGGAGGACGAAGGCACAGACUCUAAACUCAAGGACGAGUUAUAAACUCAGGAACUGCUCAGACUGUCGGAGACAAAGCUGGACACUGAGAUGAUCGACCCUCGUGGCCACCGGGCUGGGCUUUUCAUUAGUUUGUUUACAAUGCAGGGGAGGAAAAAAGGGCAAUUACUGUUUUGUUUUAUUAUUAUUAUUAUUAUUAUUGAACAAGGAAUAGUAAUAGGAAUAAUUGACAUGUCAAAAUGUCAAGACCGGAAAUUUAAAAAGCCCAACUCAAAUAUGUAAAUUGUCAUUUUACAAAACAAACAAGAAAAAGCAAAGCUGGGUUUUUAUGAAGUAUAAUGUCUGUGGUGAUGUGAGAAGCUGUGUUUGGUCUGUGGAUGAUAACAUGUUUUGUUUACCUCAUGUUCAUUUUUUGGGGUUUUUUGUUGUAAAUGUUUUGCAGUUUGUCUCACAGGAUCGGACCAGCUGAGGUUAUAAUUCCUGCCGUUAUUUAAUUUCAAACAUCGGUUAAUGGCAUGGAGGCUGCAGCGCAUCAGGACUAACACUAUAUAUCUGACAGCUUGUUCAAAAAAACCACAAAAAAAUAGAAGCCGUCUGCCGUAGGAUGAAGUCCUCUGCAUAGUUUUGUACUGUAUAGUUAACAAUUUUUCACUUCAGUGCACAUACUCUAGUGUCGUUUGUCUUUAAAAUAAGCUGUACUCGAACUUAGAUGUACGAUAAGAAACACUCCAGUAGCAGGAAAUCAUCCGAUCGUUCGGUUUCACUUUAGGUUUUUGCUCAUCGUCCACCAGUUUUUUUUUUUUCUGCACUGCUCUACCCAACACACUGUCCUGAACAGUCUGAAAGAGGCUCCUUUUGUAAAAGACACAUUUUGUACUAAUGGUAGUAAAUGAAGCGGGGCGGUUUUCAUGUUGCUGUGUUAAAAAAGAAAAUGACAAAAAAACAAAGGCAGGUGUUCUGUCAAAUAAAAACAACCAGAAGAAAACGAGCAGCGGUCCUCAUUGGUUUCAUUUGUUUUGGUGCUCCAAUGUUCGUUUUGUUUCUCUUUUCUAUUUCAUACAUAGAAACCAAAACUCUGGAGGUAUUUUAAUUUCUCUUUAUUUUCUGCUUAUUUGACUCAUCAAAAGGGACUUUAUAGUAGUUGCACAAAGUACUUGAAGUCAUGUUUUGCUCCACAGCAUCUCUGAUGGAAAUAGUGUAAAUUUGACAUUUUUCUGACCCUUUACAGAUUCAGAUUUCACAUUGUACCAAUGAAUUACCUUCUUACCAUAAAUAAAAACAAAGUCUGAUAACUUUCAGACCAACAGACGGACAAAUAUAUUAUUAAUUACCCCACUAAUCUGUUUUAUCUUUAAUUCUGGUGCUGUUGAGAGGGAUUUGAAACAAUAUUUGCAUCUUUAUGUUGUGAAAUAAAAUUUGCGGAAAUAUAAUUCA